AAUGCUAAAAACACGAUAAAGGCGAUGGAUGAUGCUGGACUGCCUAGCUUUCCAUGCACUGCACACACUUCAGCUGGCAGUAAACGAGGGUCUGCUUGCUCAGCGGAGCGUCGCUGACGCUGUGGCAGUCGGACGGAAAGUUGUUGGGCAUUUCAAACAUUCUACUUUGUCGUAUUCCCGCUUGGAAGACAUUCAGUUGCAGCUCAACCAGCCCAUUAAACGUCUCCAACAAGACGUGAAAACACGGUGGAACAGCACGUUCUGUACGCUACAGUCCCUCACUGAACAAAAACGGGCUCUCGGAAUAUUUGGGUCAGAACAUGAGCUCCCCGACAGCCUCAGCCUUAAUCAGUGGAACCUACUAGAGAAGGCAGUGACACUUUUGGCGCCAUUCGAAGAGUUGACUCGACAGGUGAGCUCCUCUGAUGCAUCAGCCUCUGAUGUGAUUCCCGCUAUCACCGUAUUACAGAGACUGCUGUCCAAAGAAGCCGAUGAGGAGCCGGGGAUCAACACAAUGAAGCGCACUUUACUGACAGCUGUACAGAAACGAUUUGCUGACGUGGAGCAAAUCCAACUCUUCUCCACCGCAACGCUUCUCGAUCCAAGAUAUAAGGACCGUUUCUUCUCAAGCUCCAGCACUGCUGAGAAUGCCAAGGAGAAAGUGAUGCAGGAGCUGCAGAAAAUAUCUGGCAGAGACAGGCCAACAGGAGAAUGAGGAACCAUCUGUCAAAAGGCCAAGGAAGGACCAGUGCAGCAGUCUGGACAGUGUGUUUGAUGGAAUCGCUGAUGAGCAUGCUUCAAUGUUCCACGGGCUGCUGCCAUACAAUUGGAAACAUACCUUGGAGAGAAGACCAUUUCUCGUUCAGAGAAACCGCUCCAGUACUGGGCGGUUAACAAAGUGCGAUUCCCAACUUUGUCCCAAAUGUCAAGAAGAUACCUGUCAGCCCCAUGCAGUAGUGUGGGAAGUGAGCAAUUCUUUAGCUCAGUGGCCCACAUUGUCACUGAAAGCAGAAACAGGCUCACAGCUAAACAUGCAGAGAUGCUUCUUUUCCUGAAGAGGAACCUGCCACUUACGGUUCCAAAAAAGAUUGGCUUUUACAGCCUGGUCUUUAUGGUCUUAUCAGUGUAGCUCUCUGAAACAUGAUGUUAUACAUAGUAUAGAUCGGCACUCUUAAGCUCCAUUUGGCUUCAAAUGUGAUGGUGUAAAAUAUCAUCAUAUAUCUCCUCCAGCCAUUAACUGGUGGGAUGAAACAGUUAGCACUGAAACACUGCAGGCUUUGUCUGGAUUGUCUAGUCUAGCUGUUAAAGCUGCUGUUGUAGCCUUUGUAAUGUAAGGUCUAUAAGCCUUUUUUGGUGAAAUGUGGUUCAUCUUUUACAGACUUUGUUACAGAAAGCAGUAAAAAUACUGAAAAAUGAGUUCUGUGUUGACAUGGGUGAUAAAUGUUUGUGUAGGUAAAUCUAAACUAAAAAGUUCAUGUUAAAUAAAUUCUAGGUAAAUUCACUGUUCAGUGUUGGUUUUGUGUUGAUUUCAAAAAGUUUCAUUGCACUAUUUUACAUUAAUAACUACACUAUUACAUAAUGCUCCUGAUUGCUUAAUUCUAUGUAAGUAUCGGUAUCGGCAAGUACAAAAAUACACAUACUUGUACUCGGUCGGAAAAAAAUGGUAUUUAUGCAUCCCUACUUUACAUAAUACUUUAAAGACACUUGUACUUAGUUUGUACAUGUAAUCCAGUAUGUAGACACUGUGGACGACUGCAGUACACAGUGUUCUUUCUUUUCAAACAGUAAGUGAUGUUGAGCCCCUCUAUAAAGUAAGAAAGCCACAUGCUUGACUCUGCCGUACGAUCAUGAUUACAAUAUUAUGCAACACAGGACAGUAAAUGUGAUAUAAUUUUGCCUGUUUAUAGAGAAGGUUUGUAAACAGCCUACUUCAAGAUAUACUGUACAAACUGGGAACUGGGGAAAGCCUGGAUUUACCAGAGGGAAGAUGUCUUUUAUUCUGAAAUCUGUACAUCAGCCAUCAUAUCUGCAAUAGUAAAUACUGUUCUAAAGUUGUUGUGUGUUGCAGAGAUGAUUCAUGAACCACCAGGAGUUUUAGAGGUGGGGCCAGUUCCAGGGAGUUUGGAAAACUGGGGACCCUCUUCAUC